CGCCGCCCCCGGGCCCGCCCCCGCCCCCGCGGCUGCCGCUGCACGCCCGGCCGCUGCUGCACGUCCUGGGGACCUGCAUCCUGUGCGCCUGCCUGCUGGCCUCCCUGGACCACCGGGCCCAGCAGGACCGCGUCCAGGACCUGCAGGACCGGGUCCGGGACGCGCCCGACUGGACGAGGCGCCGGCUGCUCGGCGGCGAUAGUGAAAACAGUGUCGAUGGUCGCACGCCGCCCCCGCGCCCGCCCCCGCGCCUCCCCACGCCAGCGCCGCCGCCCGGCGACAACAACGCUACGGAGCGGGCGCAGCAGGCGCAGCCCAUGGUGCCCCAUGAGGAGUCUAUGGAAGCAUUGUGGAGCGUGGUAGCUGUCAUCUCUCUGGCCGUGGUCGUGCUCGGAGCCCUGGGCGUGGUGUCUUGCCUCGUCGGCCAUCAGCGUCCCGUCCCUGGGGGUAUGGGGGGAGAACCCCCCCACUCCACGCUACCCAUGCUGGCCCUGCACUCUGGUAUGGAGCGCUUGCGGUUGGAGGCGGGAGUGGGGGCGGGGCGGCCGGAGCGGCAGUCGUCGCACGCGCACGCCCAGGCCCACGCUCACGCGCGGAGGGCGGUAGACUGCGCCGUGGACAGGGCCGUCAGGCUGGCGGCCGUGUCCACCGACCUGCAGCUCGACCUGCCGCCCAGCAUAGCCCUGCCCGACGGGGAGGAGUAUCCCCCCGGCGCCAGCGCGCGGCUGCACAUCCGGGACCCGGAGCAGGAGAGCGAGAUCUACCAGAAGUGCGUCAGGCCGCCUCCCAACAAGACGGUGUAUGACGGCGAGAGCCCGCCGCCCUACCGGCCGAGCUCUGCCGGCUCCGGCAACCUCCCGCGGUACCCGCUCGGGUACCCGCACCAUCCACCGCCGCACCCCCAUGGACAACCCCACGGGCACCCCCAUGGGGGCUACGCCCACGGGCACCCCCACGGACACGGGCCGGUGGGCCCCCCCGCCCCGGCCGCAGGUGGUUAG